AUGAACGCUUUUAUCGCGUUGGUGCUCGGUGCUAGCGUACUGGCCAGCGCGUUCGGCGAUCCUCGAGUCAUGAUCGAAUCAACGUACACAGACACUAAGGGGUUGAACGACCUAGCCAAGUCAGCAUGGCAGAACAGGGGAGGAAAAUACAUGGGCACCGCGACAGGCAUCAAGCAACUGAGCGACCCAUACUACAUCCAGAAACUCAACGGCACCAGUGACUUCGGAAUGAUCACCCCGGUCAAUGCUAUGAAGUGGGAUGCCACAGAGCCCAAGCAAGGGGUCUUUACGUUUGAGGACGCUGACAACAUUGUCGCUUUCGCCAACAGCACAGGAGCUCGAGUUCGCUGCCACGCAUUAGUUUGGCACAAGCAAGUUCCAGAGUGGGUACAAGUUCUUCAAAAAGCUGAGCUGCUGGAAGCGAUGUCCAACCACAUCACCAAGGUCAUGACACACUUCGGAAAUUCUUGCACUGCCUGGGACGUCGUUAACGAAGCUAUUGCUGAAGACGGCUCAUAUCGCGAGUCAUUCUGGUACAAAAAGACUGGCAAAGAGUACAUCUCGACCGCCUUCAAAACUGCCAACGAAGUCAAGGCCAACCUCAGCCUAGAGGCCAGGCUAUACUACAAUGAUUUCAACAUCAACGUUGUCAAUAACAAAUCGGACGCCGUCUUUGAAAUGGCAACGGACCUCAGAAGCCACAAGAUUUGGGUUGAAGGGAUCGGGUUCCAGUCUCACUAUAGCAACAAUGAUAGCGUGGCUGGUGCGAAGAUAUUCGACAACUUCAGGCGGUUCACAGUGAAGCAUAUGGACGUCGCUGUCACGGAGCUCGAUGUGAAGACGAGCAUGGCGAACCCCACCGUAAGCGAACAGCAGCAGCAAGUUGGCAUCAUCACCAACGUUGUGUCGGCCUGCAAGAAAACCGUUAGAUGCGUCGGCGUGACGGUCUGGGACUUCGUGGAUACUUAUUCGUGGAUAAAAUCAUCAGCUCCGCUGCUAUUCUACCAGCCUGAAGGGCCAAGUACGCCGCUCGUUCGGAAGGCGACGUACGAUGCUGUCACGGCUGGCUGGAUUUUGUAG